UAAAGAAAAGGCUGAAGAGGAAGAUGUCGAAGAAAAUCCUACGGUAGAGGAGGUAGAUUCAUCCGAAGAAACGAAACCUGCAAAGAAAAAGAAAAAAAUUGCAGAAGACCAAACCACGGAAGUUGGUACCUCUAAAGAACGUUCCAAAGAAAAAUCCUCCAAGCGCAAAAUUUCUGAUACGGCGGAAGCCACAAAAGAACAUUCUGAAUCUUCUAAACCAGAAAAAUCAAAAAAAUUAAAGGUUUCUAAAGAUAAAUCCAGCCGCCAGAAAUGA